AUGAUUAUGAUGAGAAGGAAAAGCAUUAUAGACGCUCAAAACGUUCUCCUGUUCCGACCGAUGAUGGUAAAAAGGACGACUACGAUGACAACAAAGUAAAAUACGAUCCGUACUAUAAUCCAAACCUUAAAUCAUAUGAUCCUUAUUAUAAUCCUUGGGUUCCUGCUAAAUAUUACGAUCACAAAGAUGAUAAUGAUGACAAGAAGGGAAAAUUUUAUAAACGUUUUAAUCGCUCAAAACGCUCAAAACGUUCUCCUGUACCGACCUAA